AUGGCCGCGCCGCGCGCUCUGGCGGCCGCCGCGUGGGCUCCGCCGCAGCGCGGACCCCCGGCCCGCCGUCCUUCCGGAUGGGCCCGGGACGCCGAGGCCCCGCCUCACUUCCGGAUCGGGCGGGGGGCGCGGCUGUGGCCCCCAGCGGCGUGCCGGGCUCGGCCCGUGUGUCGCCCCUCCGCGCCUCGCCAGGACCACGGGAGCGGGGCGUGGGGCGCCGGCCGGGCCUCCCCGCGCGCAGAGGCCGGGGCGGGGGAGGGGCCUGGGCAGCGGGCGGGGCGGGGGCGGCCGGCCGCGAGGCGCUCUCAGGGCCGGGUCCCGCUCCCCGCAGGCGGCCUGGCGGGCGGCAUCGAGAUUUGCAUCACCUUCCCCACCGAGUACGUGAAGACGCAGCUGCAGCUGGACGAGCGCUCGCACCCCCCGCGCUACCGGGGCAUCGGGGACUGCGUGCGGCAGACUGUCCGUAGCCACGGCGUCCUGGGCCUGUACCGAGGCCUCAGCUCCCUGCUCUACGGUUCCAUCCCCAAGGCGGCAGUCAGAUUCGGGACGUUCGAGUUCCUCAGCAACCACAUGCGAGACGCCCAGGGACGGCUGGACAGCACACGCGGGCUGCUGUGCGGCUUGGGCGCUGGCGUGGCAGAGGCCGUGGUGGUCGUGUGUCCCAUGGAGACCAUCAAGGUGAAGUUCAUCCACGACCAGACCUCCUCCAACCCCAAGUACAGAGGGUUCUUCCAUGGUGUCAGAGAGAUUGUGCGGGAACAAGGGCUAAAGGGGACAUACCAGGGCCUCACAGCCACCGUCCUGAAGCAGGGAUCCAACCAAGCCAUCCGCUUCUUUGUCAUGACCUCUCUGCGCAACUGGUACCGAGGGGACAACCCCAACAAACCCAUGAAUCCGCUCAUCACUGGGGUGUUCGGAGCUAUCGCAGGCGCAGCGAGUGUAUUUGGGAACACUCCUCUGGAUGUGAUCAAGACCCGGAUGCAGGGCCUGGAGGCACACAAAUACCGGAACACGUGGGACUGCGGCUUGCAGAUCCUAAGGAACGAGGGGCUCAAGGCAUUUUACAAGGGUACUGUCCCACGCCUGGGCCGGGUCUGCCUAGACGUGGCCAUUGUGUUCAUCAUCUACGACGAGGUGGUAAAGCUGCUAAACAAAGUGUGGAAGACGGACUGAGCUCUGAGGGUCUGCAUGGGGGCCGUCCCCAGGUGCCUCCAGACAAGCCCCCACUGUCCUCUUCUCACGAUUCCAGUGCAGUCGUGCCAAAAGGCCCCCUUCCCCUGACCCUCGCACUUCGUGGCCUGGGUCU